AUGCCUUCAAACGUCUCAUUCACCGGGCCAGCUGGCGCUGCCGCAAAGGUCUCGAUCAUCGAUUCAGGAUUUCGACUCUCCGGCCUAGCUACCGACUUACUCCUCACCCCACCAGUUGAACAUUUCGAUAGAUUACCAGGGGUUGGCUCGUGGUCUUUCCUUAUCGAAGGCUCGACUGGACGAAAGAUUCUAUUCGAUCUUGGCGGUCCAGCUGAUAUCGAUCAGUUUCCUCCUCUGGUAGCUGAUAUUGUGAAGCAAGCUGACGCUAAAGUUGAGGCUACAAAGACUGUCGCAGAUGUUCUCGUGGAGAAUGGAAUUGAGCUUGCUCAUGUUGAAAGCGUGAUCUUAAGCCAUGGGCACUGGGACCACGUUGGAGACAUAACGGUAUUCCCAUCGACAACAGAACUAGUUGUUGGUCCGGGUUUCAGGGAAGCGUUCUGCCCUGGUUAUCCAACGAAGCCGGAUGUCGAGCUAUCAGAAAGAUAUUUUGAAGGUCGGAAUGUGCGAGAAAUAGACUUCUCUAACGAUAAAUUGUCCCUCAAAUAUGGCCCUUUUCGUGCAGUGGACUUUUUCGGCGACGGCUCUUUCUACCUUCUCGACACUCCUGGGCAUGCUGUUGGCCACAUGUCAGGUCUCGCACGAACGAAGACUGAACCUGACACAUUCAUCUUUAUGGGCGGCGAUGUUUGUCAUCACGGAGGAGAGAUUAGACCUUCGCCUUACCUUUCGAUUCCAAGCCAAGUGCAAUUCUCUCGAACAGGCUCCCUCCAAGAAAGCACCUUUCUUGACGGCGAGAAAUUCCGCAAGCUGAAUGUGGAACGAGGCCGCGAGCCCGAUGAGACCUUCUUUGACCCAGUCCUUGCCGUCGACAUACCUAGGGCAAUUCAGAGUAUCAAAGAGACGCAGGAAGCAGAUGCACAGGAUAACGUGUUCUUUGUGUUCGCUCACGAUAUGCGAAUUCUUGAUGUUGUCGAUUUGUUCCCAAAGACUGUAAACGACUGGAAGGACAAGGGUUGGAAGGAAAAGACAUUGUGGACUUUCCUCGAUGAUUUCAUCCCUGCAGCUAUGUCUGGACAAUAA